AUGUCGGACAACACCGGAACGGUUGUAUCACGGGCGUCUACACCACGUCCUACUGGAGACAACCCUGUUAGUGCUCCACUGCGUUCCAGACAUGACCAGUUCCUCGCCAGCUCCACUGAAAGAACGCAACAAAGACCAUCAUCAAGCGGUCGAAACCCAAAUGGAAAUUUCGACGCGGCAAUACCUUAUCACCGUCAGAUGACGACUGGCUCACUCCUCACAUCCACACAUCGUGAAUCUUCAGCUUUUGUUCCUGUAGUACCAACAAGAGCAAUACACCCUGUGAUUUAUCCUAACGAAAUGCAUCCAGCGUUGAUGCCUUCUGAAAUAAUUGAACGUGAAAGAAUGUUGGACAGGGAAAGAUCGGAGCCAGCAAAAGGAUCUCCGGACCGUAAUUCUGGUAACUUUACGAAAAGGAACUCUUUUGAUUUAAUGGCUAUGAUGGUCGAGAAAAGAAAAGAAGUAGCAUUACGUGAAGCAGCAGCUGCCAUGCUUCUACCUCAUCAUAGAACACCUUCAAUAGAAGGAAUUAUAUCAGACAAUUCAAGCCCCCCAAUAUACGGUCCUCCUGGCGCAUUCCUAGGAGCCCCAGGUCCUUCACCGACAACUGCAAAUAGUUUCACGUUUCCUGGUGCUGGGUUGUUCCCACCGGGAGCAGGUCCACAUCAAAUGCACCCGCACAUAGACCGACGGUUGCUGAGAGCACCGGGUAGAGCAUCGCGACCGAAGAAACAGUUUAUUUGCAAAUUCUGCAAUCGACAGUUCACUAAAUCGUACAAUCUCCUUAUCCACGAGAGAACUCACACGGACGAACGCCCAUACUCCUGUGACAUCUGUGGCAAAGCAUUCCGAAGACAAGAUCAUUUACGAGACCACAGGUACAUACAUUCAAAAGAAAAACCAUUUAAAUGUACAGAAUGUGGAAAAGGAUUCUGUCAAUCACGCACCUUGGCUGUACAUAAAAUUCUUCAUAUGGAAGAAUCCCCACACAAAUGUCCUGUAUGUAGCCGGAGUUUCAAUCAACGUUCGAAUCUGAAAACACAUUUGCUAACACACACUGAUCACAAACCCUAUGAAUGUAAUUCUUGCGGGAAAGUGUUUCGGAGAAACUGUGAUUUACGACGGCAUGCUUUAACUCAUGCUGUUGGCGAUGUACCUCCUGGAGAUGUAUUAGAUGUAGGAGAAGAAAAUAUUGAAAGACCGGAAUCACCAAUUGAACCCGGAUAUGACGAUGAAGAUCCAGAUCUAUCAUCACCAGAGCAUUCCCCAGUUAGAAGAGCACGAUCUUCUUCAGUUGAAAGUGUUGGAAGAGAGAAAAGUGAGGAGAGACCAAGAAAAACAUCACCGUCUCCGGUAGAACGAACUCAUUGUCAUCACAAUGAACCAAGAGAUAGAGCAAGUCCUUACACGAUGCGUCCCCAGCACAUGGACAAACACAAAAUGUCCACAUCUGAGUUAUAUGAAAAACGGAGGUAUACCUCUGAAGAAAUAAUAGAAAAAGAGAUGCGUUACUCAGAAAUACCUGAUCACCAAGUAAGACAUCCACAGUUACAAAUUCGAAGAGAUUUACAUCAGGUUCAACCGCCGGACUCUUCGAAAAUUGGACACAUUACAAGUCCACCUAUAGAUCCCGGGCCUUCAGGUAUUUACUUAAGCCCAUUUAGAAAACGAGCACACCCCUCUGAUAUCAGUGAAAAUGUAAGAUCUUGUGCUACAGGUUUUCGAAGUCGAUCUCCUGAACCAACAAAUUUGACAAUGCCACGUCCCCCUAUCGGAACUAGUGAAGUAGUAGUCGCAAUGCCUCCAACAAUAAUGGGUAUACAAACUUACCACAAAUUUGGUUUACCAAUGCCUCCUCCUCAUCCUCAAAUACCCUACGGAUUGCCACAUACUGUUUUAGGGCCACAGCAAACAGUUGCUCAAGAUUUAAUCGUAAAACAUGCUCCACCCAAGGAUACCGUAACAAGUACUUCAACUAGCGUCACACAUUGUAAGGAUCUUCCAACAUCACAUCCAAAAGAUCCUGAAGAAACAUGUUCAAGUGUCAUUGCGAAUGGUAUAAAAAAUAUAGUGGGAAUACAGCCAAGUACAAAUGCGAAGCCUGGAACCAGUGGCUCAAGUGGUCCGAAGAAAGGUUUUAGUAUAGAAGAUAUUAUGAGACGUUAA